UACUUUUAGAAGAGAGCACUACGCGGCCGUGUCACGUGAGAGCUUCCCGGAAGCUUGGUGCAUCAGCUCAACUUCAUCGGCAGCCCGCGGAGCCCGAGAGUUCGUGCAGUCAUGGCAAAGUUCAGCCUCCGGCACGAUCCUGACAACACCGCUGCGGUGGCGGUGCUGAAGCGGGCGGUGGAACUGGACGCCGAGUACCGGUACCAGCAAGCGCUGGUGUGUUACCAAGAGGGGAUUGAUAUGCUGCUGCAGGUUUUGAAAGUCACCAAAGAUUCCAGUAAGAGGUGUACUCUCAGAACAAAAAUCUCUAACUACAUGGAUAGAGCAGAAAACAUAAAGAAAUACUUGGAUCAAGAAAAAGAAGAUGGAAAAUAUCACAAGCAAAUUAAAAUAGAAGAGAAUGCAACUGGUUUCAGUUAUGAGUCACUUUUUAAAGAAUAUCUUCAUGAGUCAGUUACAGAAGUUUGGAUAGAAGAUCCUUACAUUAGACAAACUCACCAGCUGUAUAAUUUCCUUCGAUUUUGUGAGAUGCUUAUUAAGAAACCAAGUAAAGUAAAAACUAUUCACCUUCUCACCUCAGUGGAUGAAGGGUUUGGAAAAGCACAGCAAAGCAGUGGUCUGGAAGAAAUAAAACAGUCCCUCUGGAGUCACAGAGUGCUAUUGGAAGUAGAAUAUUCUUCAUCAAUACAUGACCGAGAGAUUAGGUUCAACAAUGGAUGGAUGAUUAAAAUCGGAAGGGGACUUGAUUAUUUUAAGAGACCACAGGGUCGCUUUUCCCUUGGAUACUGUGACUUAGAUUUAAGACCAUGUCAUGAAACAACAGUGGACAUUUUUCAUAACAGGCAUACCAAAAAAUAUGAUGGGCAGUAACCUUAUUUGUCUUAGACAUAUCUACUUUAAGUGAUCUCAGCUCAUUGUUGCUAUAACUGAAUAUCACACACUGGACAAUGUAUAAAGAAUAGAGAUUUAGCCUGUGGCAUCUGGUGAGGACCUUCUUUCUGCAUCCUAAUGUGACAAAGAGCAUUCCAUAGCAAGAUGGAGCAAGCUUUGGGAACAAAGCCUGUGAGGCAGAGCCAGCCACCUCCGAAGUCUCACCUCUCAGCACUACUGUACUGGGGAUCAUGUAUCUAACACAGCAGCUUUUGGGGACAUAGUCAAACCACAGCAAGUGAAUAUUGGAUUUCUUAUUUCACUUUGAACAUAGUUUUAUAAUGUAUGGAUUUAACAAUAAAUGUUUACAUUUCUAAUUUCUGGA